GAUUACAGUUCCCGCCAUCAGCCGUUCUCCCUGUCUUGAGGGAGUGAGCGACCUCGCUCUUUCGGACUGGCGUCUCUCUCUUUUUUGUUUGUCCCGGGCUGCUCCUCUUCUUCGUGAACUCUGUGCUUCCAGCAGACUUGUCCCGGAGUUGCAGACCUUCCGGCUCAGCUGAGUUGAUGGCUCCUGGAGAACUGGCAUAGCUGCAGAAUAUGAGUAGUUUCCCAAGAAGAACGCACUGCCUUUGGCACAAGGAGCAGAAUAAAAGGUGAAAUGGUAUUACAUAGGGUUUUUCAGUAAAAAACCUAUCAGGUGAAUGUAUAUUUUUGCUUUAUACUUCGGCUAGAAGCAAUUUAUUUUUAAAGAAAAUGUCUCCUCUGAAGAUACAUGGUCCUGUCAGAAUUCGAAGUAUGCAGACUGGAAUUACAAAGUGGAAAGAAGGAUUUUUUGAAAUUGUGGAAAAAGACAAUAAAGUCAGCCUAGUAGUUCAGUAUAAUACUGGAGGAAUUCCAAGGAUAUUUCAGCUAAAUCAUAAUAUUAAAAAUGUGGUGCUUCGACCCAGUGGAGCAAAACAAAGCCGCCUAAUGUUAACUCUGCAAGAUAACAGCUUCUUGUCUAUUGAUAAAGUACCGAGUAAAGAUGCAGAGGAUAUGAGGUUGUUUCUAGAUGCAGUCCAUCAAAACAGACAUACAGCCAAUAAAACACCUCAAGGAUCUGGUAGUUUUGGAGCCAUUCUAAGCAGCAGGGCAUCGCAGAAGGAAACGAAUAGACAACUUUCUUAUUCAGACAAUCAGGCUUCUUCAAAAAGAGGAAGUUUGGAAACUAAAGAUGAUAUUCCAUUUCGAAAAGUUCUUGGUCAUCCAGGUAGAGGACCGAUUAAGACUGUACCAGGAAGUGGAAUAGCUAUUCCUCGGACAAUUCCUUCUUUAUCACCCACAUCACCUCUUAGAUCAGGAUUGUUAGAAAACCGCACUGAAAAGAGGAAAAGAAUGUUAUCAUCUGGUUCAGAGCUGAAUGAAGAUUAUCCUAAGGAAAAUGAUUCAUCAUCGAAUAACAAGGCCAUGACAGAUCCCUCACGAAAAUACUUAACCAGCAGUAGAGAAAAGCAGCUGAGCUUGAAACAGUCAGAAGAAAAUCGGACCUCAGGACUUUUACCUUUGCAAUCAUCAUCAUUUUAUGGUAGCAGAGCUGGCUCCAAGGAUUACUCUUCUGGCAGCACUAACCUAGAUAGGACUAAUGUUUCAAGCCAGACUCCCUCUGCCAAAAGAAGUUUGGGAUUUCUUCCUCAGCCAUCGCCUCUUUCUGUGAAGAAACUGAGAUAUAACCAGGAUUACACUGGCUGGAACAAACCAAGAGUGCCCCUUUCUUCUCACCAACAGCAUCAACUACAGGGAUUUUCCAACUUGGGAAAUACAUGCUAUAUGAAUGCUAUUUUGCAAUCUCUGUUUUCACUCCAAUCAUUUGCAAACGACUUACUUAAACAGGGUAUCCCAUGGAAGAAAAUUCCACUUAAUGCACUUAUUAGACGCUUUGCACACUUGCUUGUUAAAAAAGAUGUCUGUAAUUCAGAGACCAAAAAAGAAUUACUCAAGAAGGUUAAAAAUGCCAUUUCAGCUACAGCAGAAAGAUUCUCUGGUUAUAUGCAGAAUGAUGCUCAUGAAUUUCUAAGUCAGUGCCUAGACCAACUAAAAGAGGAUAUGGAAAAGUUAAAUAAAACUUGGAAGUCUGAGCCUGUUCUUGGAGAAGAAAAUUCACCAGAUAUUUCAGCUACCAGAGUAUACACUUGUCCUGUUAUUACUAAUUUGGAGUUUGAGGUUCAGCACUCCAUCAUUUGUAAAGCGUGUGGGGAAACUAUUCCCAAAAGAGAACAAUUUAAUGAUCUCUCCAUUGACCUUCCUCGAAGAAAAAAACCACUCCCUCCUCGUUCAAUUCAAGAUUCUCUUGACCUUUUCUUUAGGGCAGAAGAACUUGAAUAUUCUUGUGAAAAGUGUGGUGGAAAGUGUGCUCUUGUCAGGCACAAAUUUAACAGACUUCCCAGAAUCCUCAUUCUUCAUUUGAAACGAUAUAGCUACAAUGUGGCCCUCUCACUUAACAACAAGAUUGGACAGCAAGUCAUCAUUCCAAGAUACCUGACCUUAUCAUCUCAUUGCACUGAAAAUACAAAACCACCUUUUACUCUUGGUUGGAAUGCACAUAUGGCAAUUUCUAGACCAUUGAAAGCCUCUCAAAUGGCGAAUUCCUGCAUCACCAGCCAUUCUACACCUUCAAAGAAAUUCACCUUCAAAUCCAAGUACUCCUUAGCUUUAUGCCUUGAUUCAGACAGUGAAGAUGAACUCAAACGUUCUGUGGCCCUUAGCCAGAGACUUUGUGAAAUAUCAGGCAAUGAAGAGCAGCAAGAAGACCUGGAAAAAGAUGCAAAACUAUGCAAAACAGAGUCUGAUAAGUCUGAAUUGGAGAACUCAGGCUUUGACAGGAUGAGUGAAGAAGAGCUGCUAGCAGCUGUCUUAGAGAUCAGUAAGAGAGAAGCUUCACCAACACCCAGUCAUGAAGAUGAUGAUAAACCAACUAACAGCCCUGACACUGGAUUUGCAGAAGAUGAAGUUCAAGAAUUGCCUGAGAAUCCAGACACUGUGGAAACUGAGAAGCCCAGAGCAGUAUCAGAGCCAGAGCCUGCUAGUUUUACUGAGAUAACCAAAGAUUGUGAUGAGAAUAAAGAAAACAAAACUCCAGAAGGAUCUCAGGGAGAGAUUGAUUGGUUCCAGCAGUAUGAUAUGGAACAUGAAAGAGAAGAACAAGAGCUCCAGCAGGCAUUGGCUCAGAGCCUUCAAGAGCAAGAAGCUUGGGAACAGAAAGAAGAUGAUGACCUCAAAAGAGCUACAGAAUUAAGUCUUCAAGAGUUUAAUAACUCCUUUCUGGAUGCACUGGGCUCAGAUGAAGACUCUGGCAAUGAGGAUGUUUUUGAUAUGGAGUACACCGAAGCAGAAGCAGAGGAACUGAAAAGAAAUGCUGAGACGGGAAAUCUCCCCCAUUCCUACCGACUCAUCAGUGUCGUCAGUCACAUUGGUAGCACCUCUUCUUCAGGUCAUUAUAUUAGUGAUGUGUAUGAUAUAAAGAAGCAAGCCUGGUUCACUUACAAUGACCUUGAGGUAUCUAAAAUCCAAGAGGCUGCUGUGCAGAGUGACCGGGAUCGGAGUGGUUACAUCUUCUUUUAUAUGCACAAGGAGAUCUUUGAUGAGCUGCUGGAAACAGAAAAGAAUGCUCAGGCACUCAGCAUGGAAGUGGGGAAGACUGCCCGUCAAGCCUCAUGAAGACAGACUCUGGGUUGGCAAUGUGCAUUUUCUCUCCCACUGCCACCUAACCUUUACUCUGCCCAAAGAGAAUUUGGAAUUCUCCUUGAUGCAGGAGCAACAGACAGCUCAGGGCAAAAACAAAAGACAAAAUUGCGGAGUGUUCCAUGGUAUUUAAUGGAAACUGGUCUCAUCUGUAGCUGAUAGUCCUCUUUUUCUCCUACGAGAGUGGCGCUUCCUUUUGUCUUAGACAUACAUAUUGUAAAUAUAUAUAUAUAUAUACAUACAUAUAUGUACAUAAAGACACACACACAUAUAUGGAAUGAAUGGAGCCUUAAAGAGUUCAGGUGAACCACCCAUGUAAGCCUGCUUGCCAUUAAAAGCACAGCAGUUUGGAGGAUAAGUCAGAGAAUCAGAGUCUAUUCACCUGAGAAAUGUGUGAAUGUAUACAUAUCAGUUGGCUUUUAAACUUUUAUGUUCCUUGAGAAUUUUCACUCAACUCUGUGACCUUUUGUGUGUGUAUCUUUGAGUAAAGUUCACCGGAAAGCCAGCUCUCCAUGUUACACUAAUGAUGGUUUGUUGUCCUUGCAAGAGGCAUUUCUGUCACUUAACUUGAGGUUUUUGUUCUCCUUGAUUUUAUGGGUCUCAUGCCCAUGCUGUUUAUUUACAAUUCUGAAGAAAUGGAUUGUUGGUGCUUUGGAAUGUGUUAUGGCCCCACAUCUGGUGUUCAUUGUACAUUUCACAUUUUCUUUAAAGAGAUUUCUUCACAUACUGUUCCUCAUAUUUGUCUCUAUUAUUAAGAUGGAAUCGUGUCUUUUCUUCUGUAUCAUCCUUCCGUGGAGCAGGCAUAACCUUAGUGAGUUUUGACCAAAACUUUAAAAGGUAGAGAGAUAAUAUUGCUCCAGUUGGGACUUUCCAACAGAGAUGAUAAGGGUAAGAAAAAGCAGAGAGACAUCAAGCAGUGUGCUGCUGUGUUACAGCUCAAACUCUAAUCUGCUAAAGCUAAACAAAAGCUAAAGAGCUCUGGGAACAAAAGUGAAAUUAAGUACACGAGCUGUAGGUCAGAGCUUGACUAAGGGGCAAAGCCAAACAGUAAAUGAUCAAAGCAGGGUGAGAAUUAAAAUGUGACCGAUUUUGGUAAUCCUAAAAACUAACAAAUAACAAAGAUGCAAUAUAUAUAGCCACACACAAACACACUUUAUUAGGUGCUCUUAAGUUGAGACAGAGUGGGGAUGCAAUAUAAAGUUGUAUGGUUAGUCACUUAGCCAACAUAAGCAGCUUAUGGAAUCAUAUAAAGAAUGAGUUUGAGAGAAAUAUGUGAGCCCAGAUGUCGUUAGGCCUAUACAGAAUUAAGAAUACAAAAUGAAAUCUUUCAUUAUUUUCUUUCUUGUGUUUUCUUAUUUUGAUUAUAAGUGAGAGGAUUACUCUUCAGGUAGGGAUGAAACCAUAUCAGGUUUCAAGGGCAGGAACAUUGGAACCCAUCAUCAUUGAAGAUGUAAGCAUCUUAGAUGGAAGAUUGCCCUUGGAGAACUUCAGCCUGACUCUUAGAACCUGGGUGUGUUCUGGUAUAGUGAUUGAUAUUCUGAACUUUUGGAUCUUUGAAUUCUAAAUGGCCUGGCACUUUAGUUAACUACCAACGAAUGCUUUGCCUCCUGCCAUCUACCUACAUCUACCUUCAUCUUAGUGAUGAUCCACAGUGAUACUGGUACUAGAAUAUGCAGGAGUGCUUUAGAACAGUAUUUGUUUUAAAAACUAACAUUUAAAGUUUUGUUUCAGUUCUGCCAGAAGCCUCACUUUGUCUUGUUUUGCUUGAAAACAACUGAUUGUCUCAUAGAUGAGUGAAGUGAUGAUUAUGUUCUUAAGCUGUUGUCCUCUCUAUAGUUGAGAGUGUUGGGAAUGAUUUGGAGUGACAUCUGCAGAAAUUACGCCAUAAGCCUAGACUGCCUUGAGGAGCUGCUUCAUUUUUAAUCUAUUUCAUGGCUUGAUUAUAUGUGUAGCUUUGAAGUAUACUCAAAAGAGUCUUCAUAUCUUGGGCAGGACUUGUUAGUUGGAAAUAGGUUAUUAGAAGAUAAGAGUUUUUCACUGCUCAUUCUUGCAAAUUUGGGACUUGAGUUUUACUAUCUGUUCAUUCUUGUGGCCUUGUCAGCCUUUUCCUUCCUUCUCUCCUUUAACUUAUUCAUUUGACUACAAAUGGAGCUUGCAGCUAUCCUGUGUUUGAGUUUAAAGGUAUAAAUAAAUAUAUUUCUUUUUUUU